AUGUUCAGACAGGCUAUCGCUACCUCUUCCCGCGCUGUGCGCUCCGGCCUGCGUACCCAGGCCCCCAAGUCUGUUUUCCAAAACCAGUUCCAGAGCUCCCCUGCCUUCAGGAUACGAGCUGCGCAGCCCGCCGUUGCGAGAUGGUACAGCGACGCCAAGGAGACCGCCGAGGCCCCCAAGGAGGGUGAGAAGCCCGCUGAUGAUGCCGAGUCUGCUCUGAAGAAGCAGCUGGAGGCUAAGGAGAAGGAGGCUGCCGACUGGAAGGACAAGUGCCUGCGCACCAUCGCCGACUUCCGCAACCUCCAGGACCGCACACAGCGCGAGGUCAAGCAGGCGCGCGACUUUGCCCUGCAGAAGUUCUCCAAGGACCUCAUCGACAGCAUCGACAACCUCGACCGCGCUCUCUCCAUGGUGCCCCAGGAGAAGAUCAACGCCCCCGAGAAGACGGGCGACCUCCAGGACCUUGCCAACCUGUAUGAGGGUCUUAAGAUGACCGAUGACAUCCUCAUGUCGACGCUCAAGAAGCACGGCAUCGAGCGCUUCGACCCUGAGGGCGAGAAGUUCAACCCCAACGAGCACGACGCUACCUUCAUGGCGCCCCAGCCCGAGAAGGAGGACAACACCGUCUUCCACGUCCAGCAGAAGGGCUUCAAGCUCAACGGCCGCGUUCUGCGCGCUGCCAAGGUCGGUGUCGUCAAGAAUGCUUAA